UUACCUGGAUUGGGACUAACAAGAAUGGUUGGGACAACAAACAUCCAUCUCGUUCGUACUUUGGAUACCCGUAUAACCAUCGAAGACUGUUGAAGUGACUAUUUCCUGGAAAUUAGGAGGCGUUGAGGACAAAGGAAUUGUUGGAGUUAUCCUUUUUAUUUAGUAUCAAGACACUUGAUUCUAGUAAAAUAUCUUGCGCAAGAAGGUUGGCUAGAAAUUUUUUGUAAAAACACUAGCCCCGCUCAGUUCAUAAUGAGAAUGUUUUAAUCCUUUUUGAUUAUUCCAUGUAUUUUUAAUUCUCAUUAUGUAUAUUUAAGGGAGGAGCCGUAUGAGGUGAAAAUUUCAUGUACGGUUCUGGAACGGAGAUUCUUUUAAUCGAAUAACGACCGUAACGGAUGUCAGCUCAAUCCGAAGGAAAUUAUGCGGAAGCUUUACAGAAUUAUUAUGAAGCUAUGCGACUAGAAAUCGAUCCCUACGAUCGAAGUUAUAUACUCUAUAAUAUAGGCCUUAUUCACACAAGUAAUGGAGAACAUACAAAAGCUUUAGAAUAUUAUUUUAGGGCACUAGAGCGAAACCCAUUCUUACCACAAGCUUUUAAUAAUAUGGCAGUGAUCUGUCAUUACGUGCGGCUAUCUCCACUAUAGAAAGAAAAAGGAAGACAAAAUUUUCUAGUAAAUACUAAAAAAAAGGCUCGCUACAAAUGCAUCGUCCAAAACGAUGAUUUCUUUGAGCUGUAGCAAAGAAAGAAACUUCAUAUUAAUAGAAGUCAAAAUAUGCCUAGAUACUUUUUCUAUGUCUAUGGAUAAAAAAAGAUCUAAUUGAUAGAGAGUAAGCACCGUAAAGAUCAAUUAAUGAGGUUUUGGGCCAAUACAUUAAGAAAAGAAUAAGAACCGCUUACUUAUGUAUAUAUAAGAUAAAUAAAAGUUAGGAAUUAACUUAUGUAAUAGAGUCGAUCCACUAAGACUAAGGUAUUGAGCGGCGGUGUAGGAUCAAAUCCCAAAGAUAGUAAGUCUUUUCUUUCUUACUUAUGAAGGAAAGCCUUUUUCAAAGAUUCUAUAUAAAUUUCGAUAUGAAACCGAGAUAGUUACCUUGCGGAAAAUACGCCGGAUAAGAGUAAAUACCUAUGCUUUAUUCUUCUGCAGGUGGGAGAAAAGAUAAAACUGAAACUGAUUCUUAAUUAAAUCAAAAUGAAAGUUUGAAACUCAUGUGAUUAACCUCUUUUGGUUACUCUGAACAGUGGGAUAUAGAUGUAUAAGAAAUCUCAUUCAGUUUAAUAGGGCACCAAAUGAAUUGACUGCGGAGCCGUAUGAGGUAGGAAACUCUCAAGUACGGUUCUAAGGGAAGGAAUUGACCCGCCUAUUCCUAUUCCGACCGGGGAGAACAGGCCAUUCAACAGGGAGAUUCUGAAAUUGCGGAGGCUUGGUUCGAUCAAGCCGCUGAGUAUUGGAAACAGGCUAUAACGCUUACUCCUGGGAAUUAUAUUGAAGCGCAUAAUUGGUUGAAGAUCACGGGGCGGUUCGAAUAAAACAAUAAUAAUUCUUAUUAUUUCUAAUUUUUUUGUUAUUUGUUAGAAUUAUUAGUCAAAUAGAAUGGAAUCAUUCUUCGAGAAAGAACCAAUCAAAGAAUUUCUUUAUAUCCCUUUUCAGAUCGUUAUAGAGUACAGAAUCUAUUUAUUUCUUUUCGUCUAUUAGCUAUUAAUACAAAUAAAUUACUAUUUCAAAUAUCAAAAAUAACAUUUUUUUUUCUUUUUUUAAAAGAAAAUCGAAUUCUAAUAUAUAAUAAUUAAAAAAAAAUCUUAAUAAAUAAAGAAUAAUGAAUAAUAUUUCUAUACAUAGAAAUAUUAUUCAUUAUUCUAAAAUAAAAUACUAAUAAAAUAUUAAAAAAAAGCUUCGAAUGACUAAAUACUGAGAUGUUUCUUAGUAAUGACUAACAAUUCUUCGUGUGAUUUUUAAUAUUUUGACUCGAGUAUUUUUGAAUAGAAUCCAGAAGAAUUAAAAUAUUCUAUGUAAAACAUUAAGUAUCCCCAUCUACUAUCUUCUAAUUGAGAUGAGAAUAGUCUAAGUUGCACAAAAAAAUCGUUUUUACCUUAAUCCAAAAACCAAAAAGCGUUUAGAAUAUUUUAAAAAGGUCCGUUGAGCGCCGCGCGUCUAUGUCAUAAUAGAUCCGAACACUUGCCCUGGAUCGACUUCCAGAUCAUAAUUGCUCUAGUAAAUAACUAAAAAAAAGAGGGAGAUAGAAGUGAAAGAAACAAAUUCUAAAUAUCUCUCCAAAGUUCACCAAUUAUUUGAAUGUUGGCAGGUCUCUUUGUAUGUCUUGUCCGGAAAGAGGAGGACUCAAUGAUUAUUCGUUCGCCGGAACCAGAAGUAAAAAUUUUGGUAGAUAGGGAUCCCGUAAAAACUUCGUUUGAGGAAUGGGCCAGACCCGGCCAUUUUUCAAGAACAAUAGCUAAGGGCCCUGAAACUACUACAUGGAUCUGGAACCUACAUGCCGAUGCUCACGA